GUCGUACAGACCCGCGGCAGCCGGGCACGCUCGCCUUUUCGGGGAAGGGGAAGAAUCUCUUCCGGCGAUGGCAUACGUCACUUCCUCUUGAGUUUAGCUUUGGGUCUGCGGGGACUCAUGCGAGUUCAACAUGCGUAUCGAGAAGUGUUAUUUCUGUUCGGGGCCAAUCUACCCUGGCCACGGCAUGAUGUUCGUCCGCAACGAUUGCAAGGUGUUCAGAUUUUGUAAAUCCAAAUGUCAUAAAAACUUUAAAAAGAAGCGCAAUCCUCGCAAGGUCAGGUGGACUAAAGCAUUCCGGAAAGCAGCUGGUAAAGAGCUUACAGUGGAUAAUUCAUUUGAAUUUGAGAAACGUAGAAACGAACCUGUCAAAUACCAGAGAGAGCUAUGGAAUAAGACUAUUGAUGCAAUGAAGAGAGUUGAAGAGAUCAAACAGAAACGCCAAGCUAAAUUUAUAAUGAACAGACUGAAGAAAAAUAAAGAGCUACAGAAAGUCCAGGACAUAAAGGAAGUCAAGCAAAACAUCCAUCUUAUCCGAGCCCCUCUUGCAGGCAAAGGAAAGAAGUUGGAAGAGAAAAUGGUACAGCAAUUACAAGAGGAUGUGGACAUGGAAGAUGUUGCCUAAAAAUCUUACUGUCUGUGACCAUUUCUAUGUGUACAUUUGAAAAUGUUUUUUGGAGACUAGAGCUUAUAAGUUAUUGAUUUUAUUUUUUAUAUAAGGUCACUCAAAUGAAAGCAGAUUAAAAAUAUCCCCUACAUUGCAGUCUGCAAAAAAAAAAAUCACGUAGUAUGGAUGUUUGAUUGCAUCUCAGUGUUAAACGUUCGCUACAGAUGUGCUUAUGUAAAUUAUAAAAAUUCUGUUUGUAAAGACAGAAGUGAAUUGUGUGUAUACAAUGGUCAUGCCAUUUGGGUAACGGCCCUGUACAGGUCCUGUUAUGUAAUAACUAAGGACAAAAGUUCUGGCUAGUGAUAUGUGAAACUAAAACUUCCUUUACAGUAAAAUAAUCCCUUUAUUAAUCUUUCGUAGAUGGGUGAUACAGCAAGGAACUAACAAUUUGUGACUAUUAAUUUCUAAUAAUACCUUUUAUUUUGAUCAGUCUUUCCUGUUUUUAGUAUCUUUCAAGACCAUAAUACCUUUAUAUCAUAAAGCCUAGACUGAACUAUUUUGGCUGGGUUUAACUGUUCUAAAAAGCUAGUUAUGGAUGUUGGGGAUGAAGGCUGAAUAAUCUUUCCCUGAAAUGGCACUGUAUAAUUUCCACUUAGGGAAUACUCAGUUCCAACUUGUGAUUCCUGGCAGAAUAAGCUUUAUUUUUCUAGUCCAGCGGUGAUCUAGAAGGAGAGGAAUCUAUUUUGCCUUUUAAAGUUUGUUCUGUGAUUUUCUUUAUAAAAGUUCCUAAUUGUUAUUGGAAAGUAGAAUUUAUGGGUAGAACACCUGCCCAUUAGUUGCACAAAAAAUAAAAACAUUUUUAAAGUAA